ACGGUACCGUACCGUGGAAUCGUUACUACUACUAUCAUACUACUCUACUCGUACCAGCAUCAUACCGGUAUCAUUCCAUGGCGGUAAUGGUGCACUAGUACUGUAACCCUUCCCUCUCCUUUCCACCUCUCCCAGCGCUCCGAGAAGCAACCUGGCUUGUUCCUCCGAUCCUCGGUUCACAACUUGCGGUCAAUGGCGAUGGUGAUGGUGAUAGUUGUUGCCCCUUGCUGGUUUUGCGAGAACUGGAAUUGUAACUUGCAAAUCGGUGCCUUCUCUCGGGUGAGCUGAUGCUAGAGUCGAGACACGCCCCGCGCCCUUUACCCAUCUCGGUCUGUGAUGUAAAUCCCCCACCUCCGCCGCCACCAGACCAGUGGGACGGUAGUCUGGUGGCACUCAUUUUUUCCUUCUCUUCUCGCAGGCAUCCCUAGGCUUUGGAUAAAUGAUGUAAAAAAAAAAAAGGUCAAUCUAGACUCUGUGUGAUACAUCCUCCCUCCCUACCGGUAUUUACCUCUUUUCUCCACGUUCAACCCAGAACCUUUCCUUCUUAUUCCUCGUUGAGCGUGUGCCCUGCCCUCCUUCUUUGUCUGCGGUCCGUCUUAUUGAAAUAAGACCCUUUCCCCGUUCUCCGCGAUCAUUUAACAAUCCCUCCCCCCCCCACUUAUCGCUCCAUUCCCCUGGUCCAGCCCCCCCCCUCCUCUCUCCCUCUCUCCCUCUCUCUCACACACACAUUCCUUAUCCAUACUCGGAUACCUAUAAUUUUUUGUAUUUCGUUGCCCGUUUGUUCUCUUUCGCUCUCUCCUCUCCCCUUUUAUUUACCUUCUUUUGCGUCUGGCGUUCGGGGCGGAAAGAAAGAAAGAAAAAGAAAAAGAAAAAAAGAGUUCUUUUCAAAGCAAGCGGUAUUUGCAGCUUCUCGGGCAAUUGAUUUGAUCCGUUCUUCACCUGCAGCGUCAUAACGCCGUCGCCGCCUCCAAGAUCUCGGGCAAACACGUUGUUAUUGCAUUGGUAAUAGUAGUUACAUCUCACUUUCUAAAGGAAAGUGUUUAAAGUUAGGAUCGCAGGGGAAAAAAAAAGAAAAGGAGAUUUGGAGAGCAGAAGAAAGAAAAUUCGAAAGGCGAGAUACCUACGGGAAAGCAAGCAAGCCUUGACGGACCGAUACAAACGCCACUUUUUUUUUUCUGGUUAAAACUCGUUCUUUACACUGAGAAAACGCACCCCCUUUCAAGGUUUAUCACGUCCAGUGAUCAUGAGCUUUCGAUACGCAUUCGGAAUUCUUUGACGCCUCUCUCCGACUGGUUCUUGAUCUCGCUUGCCUGUCGGCCUUUCGUCAUAGUCUGCUGGUUUCCCUUUAAAGCCUCCUCACCUCGCGAUUUGGACCGGAUUUCCAUAACAACAAAGUAUAAACAACACAGCAUUAUUACUCAAUAUACCUCUCGAUAUGUCGGUAACGACCUCAAGACCGUCGCCACGGUCGUCUCUUGAGUUUCCGAUCCAUAGCCCGCAUUCUCAAGUACGCCCACAGCAUCCUCUUCCUGCCAUACAGACAUCUUACACCUCAACGGCCGCGCCACCUCCGUCAGGUGCGCCUACCUCAGGAACGAAACAGAAUUCGAAGCAGGGGAAUCCUAACCCCCCAAGUCCCGCCGGGUAUUUUGGGUUGGUUCUGGAUCCUGGCGAGGGUCAGCACGCUAAAAACAAUUGGUCCUCUGCUGGGUCUUCUGUUCGUUCAACAGCUGCCAGGUCUCCGCGUCCGGUUCAAUUCGACCACCUUCCUACACCGUUCCAGAUGCAAUCGGAAGCCAUCGCUCUUAGCCUCAAGCACCCAAACGGCCACAUUGCGUCGGAGCCUGAUCACUUGUCGGGGGGGAGCAUCGAAGGGGAAAAGAUCGGAUUUCCACUGGGAUCGUAUCCAUCUCCGGAGCUAUUACACCAUAUGCAGAGGGAACGUCUUGGAGCCAUGAUACCGGGAUCAACCUUUUCCUGCUCGGGUGAUAACCCCUCUCGGUUCUCCCUCUCCUCAUCUUCACUGCCUCCAAAUAAAGCGUCUCAUGAUUCUGCAGCGCAACGGGCUAAAGGCCAAGCUCAGGGACGACCCUCUGCGUUACCGGACCCCUCAAAGGAGGGGGACCCAGUCCUGCUAUCCGCGUCGCACCUGGCAGAACUUUUAGACGCCAACACUUUGAACCUUCUGCUGCUCGAUGUUCGAACCUAUAAUUUGUACGCCGAGUCUCGCAUCGAGAGAGCUGUUAAUCUGUGUAUCCCUACGACCCUUCUCAAGAGGCCCUCGUUCAAUGUCACUAAGUUAUCGGAAACGUUUGCAAAGGAUGAGGAUAAAGAGAAGUUUGCAACGUGGAAGGAUAUGAAAUACAUUGUGGUGUAUGAUACCGAAUUCAAGGAUCUCAAAGACCCGUCAACAAUGACAUCCUUGCAUACCCUCAACAAGUUUGUGCGCGAGGGGUGGAAGGGGCAGGCAUAUGUUCUUAAAGGUAAAUCACCUUCCCACAGUCUAUCUCAGUUGGGCAUGGCUGAUUAUGGCGCAUAGGUGGCUUCAACGAAUUUUCCUCAAAAUACCCAGAAAAGGUAGACGAAAAUCGCCUUGCCCAGGCAUCAUCCCCUACAAGUCUUUCCUUGCCCAGUCAGCUGCCGGCCUCUGGGAAGCGGGCACCUGGGGCCCUUUACUGUCCCUUGCCGACUUCUCAGAAGUCCGUGGUCAAUCCAUUUUUCUCGAAUAUCAGACAAAACAUGGAUUUGAUUGGAGGUGUUGGGGAGGUUCCUAUUGCUCUACCUCAGAAUAUUGGAUCCGAAGGGGUCGCUACUUUGCCUGUCUGGCUCAAGAAAGUUGUCUGCGAGGAAGGCGGAUCUAAGGUUGUGGCGGACCGCUUCCUUCGCUUGGAGGAGGCGGAGAGAGAAAGGAUGCAGGAGGCCUUGAAUAUUUCAGUGGUCUAUGACUCUCCUACGUCGACCGCCGUGAAGCCACACACCUUGGCCGGGGUCGAAAAGGGAACUAAGAAUAGGUACAAUAAUAUCUGGCCAUAUGACCAUGCUAGAGUUAGGCUACUCGAUUAUCCCAAGGAUGAAUGCGACUAUGUAAAUGCUAGUCAUGUAUCGGCUCAGUAUGCACCAAAGAGGUAUAUCGCCUCUCAGGCUCCGUUACCGACGACCUUUAGGGUAAGUUUCGCCCUGUGAUCCUAUUGUGUUUAUGAUGCUGACAUGUCUUCAGGAUUUCUGGAGUAUGGUUUGGGAACAAGAUGUACGAGUGAUUGUUAUGUUGACGGCCGAGGAGGAAGGUGGCCAAGUCAAGAGUCAUAGAUAUUGGGAACCAAAAAAUUAUGGCCCAUUAAAGCUUACAUCCCUAUCGGAGCGUCGUGUCUCACUUGAUCCAUCGUUCUUAAAGACAAGCCCAAAGAGGCGAUCCGUUGGGACGGCCUUGAACGGACCUGCUUCGCCUGAUCUCAACGUGCCAUUUAUUCUGGUUCGCAAAUUUACACUCGAACAUGUCGAACAUCCCUUUUCUCCUAUGCGCGAGAUCACUCAACUCCAAUAUUCUUCAUGGCCAGACUUUGGGGCGCCCGCCCACCCUGCUCACAUUCUCGGACUCAUUGAACACACCGAUGCUGUUGUCAGGUCCACACAGCCUGCGACCAAUUCCCCCUUUUCCGCAGAAUCCGCUGCAGCUGCCCAGAGUAGGCCUGUCCUAGUGCACUGUAGUGCUGGCUGUGGGCGUACAGGAACAUUUUGUGCGGUAGAUUCGGUGCUAAGCCUAUUGCGACGCCAGCGUUUGCAGAAGAAGAGAAACAAGGAAGAGAAUUCUUCUGGGGGUUCCGAUGGGGAAGGGCAAGUCGGGAUGAAGAAACUGGAGCUUAACGAUGAGGGCGAAAAUUCUUGGCUGGAUCGCGACGAUGAGGACUUGAUCUCCAAGGUCGUCAGUGACUUCCGCGACCAAAGGCUUUCAAUGGUACAGAGCUUGAGACAGUUUGUACUGUGUUACGAGACUGUCUUAGAGUGGUUCGCAAGGCAGAGUCCAUUAGAUUCCGGGAAACGGAAGGCGUAGGUUUUCUCUUUUGGGCUGGUUUGUUUGUGUUUUGGUGUACACUGGCGGGCUUGCAUUGCAAAAACUUGGCAUUUUUUUUUCGUUGAGUCGAUUGUUUUUGUUUUCUGUUUUUUUUUCCACGGAAUUACGGAGGAGGAUUCAUGGUCCUCGCCCCCUAUUUUCCCUUUACAAAUACAGCUUUUAUUUUCUUCCGUUCUCCUUUCCUUUCGUUUCCCCUUUCUCUUUGGCGAUGGCGUUGUUUAAUACAGUUUUCUUUAUGCUCCUAUACCAUCUUCCUCGCAGCGGGAAUUCUGACUUGGUGGCAUCCCUGGUUUCUCGCUUCUUGUUUUCACGGUUUCCGUUAUUGUUUCCUAUUUUAUACCUUCUUUCAUGUACCCAUGGGUUGAAAAAAGUUGCUCAUGUCACUUGAUUCUUGAAGGAUGUGAAUUCCGGCAAGAACAUAUGUUGAUUGACUGUAUGAUAUUUUUUAUUUUAUUUCUACUUCUAUUUUUAUUUUACUUUUUACUCGUAUCCUGAUACCUCUUUUGUGUCAUGGCAACUCCAGGCCAUCCAAUACCAUGCGCUUUUCCUUGUAUUCGCCUGUUGGGUAAUUGCAGCUUCAUAAUGUCUUCCGGAAAGAGUACUGAUAUUUUUUCCGGUAUGCGCUAGAGCUAUCCCGAGAGAAACUAAGGCGAAUGCCCUGCUACCCUGAUAGGGGGCAGGAGGAGGGAGGCGGAAAUGAUUUUGAAUUUUCGCUUCGAUUCUCACCAUUGCCUUCUAGAGGCUAAUCGAUAGAUGGACAACCUGUCCUAGUCUACCAGAGCAGAAAGCACAUAUUACAACGUAGAAAUAACUUCCUACAUACACACAGCGCACCGAGAUCAAGCCACUUUACCACACCUUGUAAUAGCCUCUGUGCUCUCCUGCGGCAACAGCAUGCCCUUGCAGGGCUUUCUGGAUAUCUUGCAUGACGGUGCUUAAUGCCCUUACAAUAGUGUAACUCUCGGCGAACGUCAUGAUUGGUCACUCGCCAGAUCUUGAUGUUCCACCAGUCUGGGGGGCACAAGUUGGACCCCUAGGAUUUCGGCAAAUGAUG